AGGCGGAAUUUCCGGUACAGUAGUGACAGUGAUCCAACAUGGCGCUGACGUCGCUCGUCUGAGAGUGCACUUCAAACCGCUACAAGUUUAGCUAUUUUAGGUCGAUUUCGGUCGCGGGGAGUUCAGCGGCACAGUUCAGCGUUUGUAAACUGCAGAUAGGCGUUUUGGAAAUGAAGGGCAAGGAGCGAUCGCCGGUGAAGAAACGCUCCCGGGCGUUAGAUGAUAGAGACCGAGGAGGAAGCUACCCGAGCAGCAAGAAGUCCCUGUCGACGGUCGGCAGCAGCGCGGGCAACGGCUCUGCUCUGAGCGCCUCCUCGUCCAGAAGAAGUUUACACGGUGAUAAAAGAGACCUUAGGGAGUCAGACGGACAUAAUUCCUCCAGUCGGACCGGUAGCGGCUACGACUACGGACUUGUUUCGGGGAACAAGCCGCACGGUGUCGCUGACAUCUCCGCGGAAACGUCCAGGUCCGGUUCACGCAGCAACUCGCGGCCUCCGCCAAACCCAGAAAGUGAGUACAAAACUCUAAAAAUAAGUGAACUCGGCUCACAGUUAAACGACGAGGAGAUAGAGGACGGACUGUUUCAUGAGUUUAAGAAGUUUGGGGACGUGAGUGUUAAAAUUACCCGAGAAAACGACGAGAGGGUGGCGUUUGUGAACUUCAGGAGGCCCGACGACGCCCGGGCGGCGAAACACGCCCGCGGCAAACUGGUACUGUACGACCGGCCCCUGAAAAUAGAGACCAUCUACAUGAACCGACGGAGAAGUCGCUCACCGGUUUCUAAAGACAGUUUUCCCUCAGGACACAGACAUCUCCACUCUCAGAGAGCUCUGUCUCCCUCUGGUUUGGGCUACAGAGACUACCGGCUCCAGCAGCUGGCUCUGGGCCGCCUCCCUCCUCCUCCCCCACCGAUUCACCUCAGAGACCUGGAAAGAGACAGAGACUAUUCAGUGUACGAGGCCAGAAGUAGACCCCCGUUCAUCUCUGAAUGUGCUGUUUACCGUGAUGAUGACCUGCUGACCCAUGAGGACGACCAGAGGGCGAACAGGACGUUGUUUUUGGGCAACUUGGACAUCAGUGUGACAGAGAAUGACCUGAGGAGAGCCUUUGACAGGUUUGGAGUGAUCACAGAGGUGGACAUAAAGCGACCAGUGAGAGGCCAGAACAACACCUAUGGGUUCAUCAAGUUUGAGAACCUUGACAUGGCUCAUCGUGCCAAAGUUGCCAUGACAGGGAAAGUGGUGGGCCACAACCCAAUUAAAAUUGGAUAUGGUAAACCUACACCCACGACCAGGCUGUGGGUGGGGGGCCUCGGACCCUGGGUUCCACUUGCCGCGCUGGCUAAAGAGUUUGACCGCUUUGGCACCAUAAGAACUAUAGACUACAGGAAGGGUGAGGCGUGGGCGUACAUCCAGUAUGAAAGCUUGGAUGCUGCACAGGCUGCAUGCAGUCAUAUGAGAGGCUUCCCUCUCGGUGGCCCUGACAGGAGACUCAGAGUGGACUUUGCAGAGACAGAGCAUCGCUACCAGCAGCAGCAGUACAUGCAGCUUCCUCUCCCCCUGCCACACUAUGAUUUGGUCUCCGAGUCCUUUUCUCACCGCCUUACUGACCCAGUGAGAGUGAGAGAGCGGUCCCCUCCACUUCCCAGUCGCUACAGAGACAGGGAUCUCUACUCCACAGCUGAAUGGGCUGGCCUUAGUGUUCACGAGAGGAUGCGAGAAGCAGGCUUUGACCCCAUAGACCGUCUGGAGAGGCGUUCUGGUGAGAGCUGGUCGAUAGAACGUGAGCGUGAGUUGCAAAGCAGAGAUCUAAGCCGCAAAAGGAGACAUUUAGAUGAUGGCUGGCGGCCGGAACGCUCACCUGACAGCAACGACUUUAGUAAGCGGCGUCAUGGCAACUCAUUAGAGCACAGCCCUGGAGGAAGCAGCCGGGAUGGGGGGCGCUACAGUGACCCUGAGCGUCUGUCUCGCUCUAGCAGAACCUCCCCCGGCAGAGAGCGGCCGAGCAGCCAUGACACUGGACGUGCAGACAAAAGAAGAAGAACACUUAGCCCAUCUGAGCCAGGCUCUGAGAGGGACCGCAAACGCAAAGCCAGUGACUUAUCCAAGAGCCCAACGAGGAAGGAGGAGAGUUCAGAACGUCCUACCCCCUCCUCUAACUCCUCUUCCUCCAAGUCUGGCCAGCAGUCCACAGGGGGGGAGAAACUGACUCAGACUUGGCAGGGGGUCCUCCUCCUGAAAAAUAGCAGCUUUCCCACCGUGCUGCACCUGCUGGAAGGGGACAUGAAGGUGGCUACCGGUCUGCUGGUGGAGGGAUCCACAGGGGGGCCAGUGUCCCAGCUGAAGAUCAGCCAACGCCUGCGUCUGGACCAGCCGAAGCUGGAUGAAGUCUCCCGUCGCAUCAAAGCCGCCAGCUCCAGUGGAUACUCCAUCCUCCUGGCCGUGCCCGGGAAAUGUGAGGAGAGCGGAGUCCAGGAUGCCAGCAGCUCCACCGAAAGACCACUGAAGAACCUGGUUUCCUACUUAAAGCAGAAGGAGGCGGCUGGCAUCAUCAGCCUCCCUGUGGGGGGAAGCCACGACAAGGACCAAGGAGGAGUUCUUCACGCUUUCCCCCCAUGUGAGUUCUCCAAGCAGUUUGUGGAUUCCUCUGCCAAAGCUUUUGCCAAAUCAGAGGACGACUACUUGGUGAUGGUCAUUAUCAGAGGAGCGACAUGAAAAAUGUGCAAAUUAUACAUGUCUGUCUUUACAUUCAUCAGCUGUUAAAUUGUAAGGUGUUAAAAACAGGAAGAAGUCAUGAUAACAAAGCAGUAUAGGAUGAAAUGACAGGGUGUUUACUUUGAGUUCCCCAGCCUGCGUGGUGGCUCAUAUUUCCAUCUUUUGAAGUUUUUUUUUUUUUUUUUUUUUUUUUUUAGAAAUGAAAAUCAUGCUGAAAUAUAUACAUUUUGAUAAGUUGAUGGAUUUGAUGAAAUAAUAGAGGGAACAUGUUGCCUUCUGCUGAUGAGAUAAAUGCACAUUACUUGAAGGGUUCUAAAACUCAUUGAGAGCAAACGACAGUUCUGUGAGCUAUAUGUUGCCUUAUCUCAUUUAAUAAGAAUCACCGUUGAUUUGUAUUGUUUCAUACAUCCUGCCUAUUGCAGAAAAGAAAUUUAAAAUCCUGAAGCAAGCAUUUCACCUUCAUUUUAUGUACCUGACAUAGAUUUAAUUGGUCAAUUUCAACAACACUGUAGUACGAUUAAGGUAUUGGUACUGUCAGGCUAUGAAGGAAUUUAAUCAAACUCAUGUACAUUUUGAUUUUCUCUUUUGAUUCAGGAAUUAUAUCCAUUUGCUCAUUCAUAACUGUAUUCCAGAUGUGCAUAUGUAUGAGUUUUUGCAGACAAUGUAGACAUUUUUAACGCUUUGCAUUUCAAAGGUUCGUUUCAGCAGCUUUUUUAUUUUUUUGCCAGUUGGACCAGUCAUGCUCAAAGCUGCAUAAAAACAUAAAAAAAACUUGGCAAUUCUGUAGACACAAACUUUGUAUUAGUUCUGCUGGCAUCUGGCUUUACACAGACGUGUUCAUAUGUAGUGCUAAAAUACAUACCAGCACUGAGAGUUAACGUAUAAUUGACAUCCUCAUUAACACUCUUUUCUGGGCCACAUGUGGCUUGGCACAGUUUUUAGUGUGUUCUCACUAAACACUGGUACCAGUUGCACCAAUUUGUAGAGGAUGGACAUAAGCAGCAAUUUCUGUGUGUUUUUCUUAUUCCAAGGUGUAUCAGGGCUGCAUCAUAUUGCAUGAUCUUAUAAAGCAGCAGAACACAGCGAAAUUGUCUCAUAAAUGCCAAGGUGAAAUCCAAAAAUAGCUUUGUUUGGUCGGACCAAGAGUCCAAAACCUAAAGAGAUGUGUUUUUUAUAGAAAAAUUGAACCGUCAGAAUGCAUCUUUGUUCUUUUGAAGAGCAGCUUGAUAUGUUCUGCUUUAAUACUUUUACCACUGAUUUAAGUACCCUCCUUUCAGACUUAGUCCACACAUUGACAGUUGUUUUUAAGCAGUGUUUUUUUCUCUGUUGUUCUUAACCCCCCACCCCACCUGAAAAUGCAAAAACAUACCUGAAGUGUAGUCAAAAGCAUGCCAGACCAACAGGAAGCUGUGUAGACUUAAAGCCAAUUUGAAGCUCAAGAAAUUCAAAUCAAAACUGUAUCUGUGACCAAAACACAUAGAAAAAGCUGCGUUUUAAAUAAUACUCAUUUGUGGACAGGACAGUCUUAACAGAAUUUUGCAGAGAUGUGUGUUGUAGGGCUGUUAAUCUGAAUAUGUGUUACAGCUUUGCUUUUUGUGUCCAUCCUUUCUCUAUUGUUUCUUUGUCAUAUUGAGUUUGGUUGAACAGUUUUUGAUCGAUCACAUGCUUCUAUUAUGUCAUAAUCCGGUAAUUACUGCCCCAACAAGGCAUGCAUUGUUAAAAUAAUGUAACCUAUAAAUGAAGCCAUGCACAUCUGUUUUACCUGAUCAGGAGUUAAGUAGAAAUUGUUGCUGCACCAGGAGUGGACUGAUGCGAUACAAACCUCAGAGGAAAUGAGGAGAGAAGGCUGCUCACCAGUGGCCUUACAUGCCUUCCUCUGAAAAGACUCUAAUGAUUGUUUUUCAUGCUUUGAUUUGAGUACUGUGUUUCAAAUGGUAACGGAAUGAUUUGUGCUGUAUACUCAGGAUAUCUGGAGAGAGAAAUGGAGAACAUCAGUGAUCGUGGGCCUAAGAAGUAUACCUAACUGUCAGAAAAACACACAAGUGCAGCAUGCACUUGAUAGAUCUUGUCUUAAUAAAUUUUCUCUUUCGUGGGAAACACAAGUGCCUCGGAAGACAACUUUUGUGACCUUUUCUGUUCUUGGAAUUGUCUAUCAAACUCUAAAGGCUUUCACUUUGACAGCAGGAGCCUUCUCAGCAGAAAGGAGAGGAAGUGUGGAGUCACGGGAAGCCUCUCAGUUCUGUGUUUUCAUGUUGCUCAACAUUUGUGCAGUGACCUCUUUGUGAAGAGCUUUUCAUGUGACCUUGAGUCAAAUUGAAAUUUGGCAAUACUAGAAAUACGUUUCCAGCCCAUCUGCAAAGGCAAAUCUAGAGUCACAGCCUCCCCAGGUAUGUGGCUUACUCCUCGGUCACCUCCGUUUGUGCAGAGGUGUCGCUGAGAACCAGCAGAGGGCUCGACUGAACCGCCGAGUUCUUCCACACCGGGGGUCGCCUCCAUCAGACAACGUCUCAGCAGGAGCACGGCAGCGUUUGAUGGCCCUGGGCGUCUCUUUCAUCUGGUUCCAGCAGCUCACUGGUGCAAAGUGUGUCGAUUCAGCGUCUGCAGCAGCUUGAGAAGGAGCAGUUUUCAUGUGUGUAGUUGCAUUUUGUUCUGGCAUUGGAGUUUUGAAGAAGAGGAGGCGAAGGUUUGAGACAGUGAGACAGCAUCUGCUUUACUUGCCAAAAAUUGGAAAGGAAGCACGGCAGAAGAGAAAAGAUUUCCCGUAGAGUCCUGUGCAGGGAAUCCUAAUCUGUAGUUGAGAUGUUGAUCAGAUUUCUGUACUUUUGAAAAGAUUUUGUGCCAAACUGCUUGUGAAAGCAAAGUGUCCUGCUGUCAGAAGCUGCUGCAGGAUGUAUCUCAUCAUCACAGUGCUGCUGCUGCUCACCGCUGCUGCUCACCGCUGCUGCUCUCCAAACAAAAAAGGACCGGAGCGGCUACUCUGCAGCCUCUGAUGUCCACAAGGUGCCGCGGCUUCCACUGGAGGUUUCCUGGAGUUGUCUGUGAGUCUCCCUCUGGCUGUACCUGCUUCUGUUCCACAGGUAAUGUAUGGAGAUGACCUCACCAACAAGACAGGGUACGUAUUGUAAUGCUGCAAACUACCAUUCACACACUAUGGCCUACUUAGAAGUUGGUACAGGUGAACGUGACAAAAAGAUUGGCUAAAAAUGUCUGUAUUUACAAGCUCGCAGAAAAUAUCAAAUAGUUCAUUUUAAUACAGUUUGUUUUUGACUGUGAGAGAGAAAAAUAUUUGAGAUUGUGUCUCAAAUAUUAAGUUUUAUCAGCAAAAGUCAACUUUUGACUCCUUUUUACUGGUCAAGUUUUCCUGUUUGAUAUAUAUUGUCAUCACCAGCAAAUCAGCCAUCAGUGACUAAUUCAACAAAAAAGGCAGCUACACAAUGAGUCAGUGGUGGACAAAGUAUUCAGACUAUGUAAAAUGAGGAAUACCACAUUGUGAAAAUAUCCUUAAUUCUAAAACCGUUAAACCGGCACCAUGAUUACAUUUCAAGAGUAAAAGUACCUAUAAUGCAGAUUAGCCCUUCCACCUGUGAAUGUGAGUGAUUAUUACUGAUGCACUGACAUGUAAGCAGCAUUUAAUGUAGCCGUUUGGUGAGCUGCUGGUUUCUGUGACUUUCUAAACUGUUGGUGAAUGUAAACAGUAACACCGAAUUCGACAAACUUUACUGUGUACAAUUCUAAUCUGCAAAUUUAUUGUACCUGUUAGAUAAAUAUACUUAAGUUUAAAACUAAAGUGUAAAUUGGCAGGGAAUUGAAGUAGAAGUACUUCAAGUUUAUGGUGACAAACAGUAAGUAGGCACUAAAUUUCCUCCACUGGUCGUAGGUGAAAGUCAAUCAGCAGAGAUCUGAUAAUUGACUGUUAUCACUGUCAGCCCUGAAACACAAAAGGAACCUCAUUUAUUAACAACAGGCCCAAUAGGGUCUGCAUCAGUCGCUGACACAUUAGCUGCUAACACCAACCGUUCAUCACACAGUCAGGUAUCCAGCAUCUAGGAACACUGCACAAGUAAGCAGAAACACAUGGGGUGAAGUUAAAAAUACAAGACGAUAACUUUAUUUAUUAGGGAGUUCUUGAAACUAUUCAGUUUCCCAAACUUUUCAGUCUGUUGCUCCAGAAUAAUGGUGCCAGAGACUUGAAAACCCACUAAAGUGGAGGAGACUGAGGUAUACAUAUCUGUAGAUGCACACAACAUGGGCAACCAAACAACCAUUAUAUUGAUUUAUAUUAACUUAAUAAAGACUGGUAGCAGAACACAUCAAAGCAAUUUGUAUGUAUAAACUGUGGCACUGAGUAAACAUGCAGUGUGGAGGUGUGGCAGACUCAGGUGGCAUUUUGUCUGACGCCCAAACUUAUAGUUUUAUGUUCAAUAAAACUAAAAGGAUAGCUAGGCCCUAUGCUUGUCAGUCUGAUCUGGGUUUGAUUUUGGAGCUUUACAUUGACCUGUACCAACUGAUGCUGUCUUUAAUCUGUCAUAACCACCUCAUUGGGCACGUAGGAACACAGAAAAGCUGAAUGCUGAUGACAUAUUUUCUUGCUUUUGCAUGGUUUCAUUUGAAAUUUACCGUGUUUUACCUUUUAUAACAGUUAUGGAUAGAUUAUGCUUUUUAAAGAUCAUUUUUGAAUAUAAUGCUUUCUGGAAAUCAUUUUGUGUUGCCACUAUAGAGUCUCACAAUUCUCCAUAGGGUCAUGACCCUAAGCUGGCAGUCUGAAAAAAGCUAUUUCAUUCCAGAAAAUAAAAUAUUUCUUCCUCUUAAUUGCACUAGGAGAAGAGGUUGGGACUGAAAAUGUCGACAUUUUCACUGGGGACAGAAUAGGUUCAGGUGCCCUACAGUAUAAUCACUAGUCAUGGUGGCUGUUAACAGACAGUGGAAUUAUCUCAUUUGAAUAAUGAAAGUGGGAGCAUACACUGUGUGUCAGAUAUGUAAAGUUGGUGUUGUAAAGGUUGGAUUUGUAUUGCUGAGGAGGUAUUGAGAGCUCAGAUUUCUGCUGUGUGAAAGUUAAAGAGAAAGGUCUCUAAGGAAUGAUGUUAUUUGGAUAUUUCUCAGAAGGAAUGCACAGAAACCCUGAAACUAAAAACAGGAACAUGAACUUGUGCUAAGGCUGGAAAAUGAGAUGAAUUACUAGAUGUGUUGAGUUUGUACCACAGGAUUAAAUGGAUUUCCUGCACCUGUCAGUAGUGCUUUAAAUACAACAUGAUCUCUCAGAAAAGUAGGAAAGCAGCGUUUACUUCACCGGCCUUAUUCCAGCUAUCAGUCAUAACAAGCUAAAAUAUGUCUCUCUCUCUGACCCCUCUUUCAGAAAAGCCACUUCAGAUUUCCGACAUGUUUUCACGCUGUUUAUAAUUGAAAUGUUGAGUUUUUCAGGUCAUCCACUCGACAUGGAGGUAAAGAAGAAAGAAAACAUCUCUGCAGUGUGACUGAAUGAGCUCUGUGGAGCUUCAGUAAACUCUGAAGUUAUGAAUCCACUUGAAAAAUUGUUGCUCAUUAAAGGAAUUCAUUAAACAACUAUGGGGAACUACUCUGGUGAGUACAAAUUAAAAAAACAAAACAAAUUUUUUUCACUCAUAUUUUUUUAAAUUGCCGUAUUUAUUGUAAACUGAGUUUGAAUAGAGCUUGAAUAAAGGCAGAUGUUUUUGAAGCACA